AACUCGACUCGACCGGAUGCUCAAUCGGGGAGCUCUGCCAGAAUCGUCCAGGCGCGAGACAGUUUGGAGCAGUAUCAAUCCUUUCGACCAUUUGAACGGAAACGAUGGUCGCGACCGCGAGAAAAGGUUCCACUUAGAUUUUUCCAAUCCGACUUCGUCGUCGUAGUCGCCGCAAAUUAGGUUAAGGUGCAAGAUAGCCAGGGCAAAGUGUAAUUUAGACGUCGCCUCGGAGUGACCGUGAGAGAGUGGAUUUUUAUAUAGGGUGAGAUUUCAGUACGGGUAAUUGAGCCAACGAAUUGGGGAAAAUCCGUCGCGUCGCACGUUUCGCGAGUGAGUGGGUGACGUUUUCCGCUGACCAUGGGCCGUUCUGGCGACGCCGAUUGAUGAAUCGUUUUCCGAAGAAGACACAGUCAGUGACAACAGUUAGUAAUCAAAGCUAACCUGCGUACAGAAGCUCCUUUGUCACCGGCUCCAUUUCGCCGUAAAGAACCCAGUAGGCUUUGGAGAUGACACCCGGAAGGAUCAUAACCUGUAGAAGGAGCCUACUGCGAUGGGUGCCUCUGGUGCUACUUUGUUCGAGCACCAUUACCCUAGGGUUGACUCAUCACCGCCACUACUCUUCAGACGGAGAUCCAGAUGUUGGUGUCGAUGCAUGGCGGCAGAAUGGACCUUUGGCGGUCAAUGGCAAUGGCCGUAUUCCGAUUCUGCCGAAAGUGGAGCACACGCGAUUCGGCAGCGAUGCUAUACUGACCUACAAUCUGACGACGAUGGAUAGCACAUCGACGGUUCGAGUCGAUCUACGGAGAAGCUUGCCAAGCCGGACCUUCGUAGAACGGCAGGGCCAUCGAAACGAAUCGAUAGUGGAAUAUUUUAACGACGAAUGCUUCUACCAGGGCUGGGUUCACGGCAGAGCUGGUAGUCUGGUGGCGUUGUCCACGUGCGAAGGAAAGGUUCGCGGCACCGUUUAUGACAUUGACGAAACUUACUACAUCGAUUACGACGAGGUUUCGGGCGAACAUUAUAUGGAAAGAAUCUACGAUAGCCCGGACAGUAAUCGAGUUAAGCGAAGUCAUCAUCGUCCGCGGAUGACCGGCCCGUACAAUGCCAACCGCUAUUCACGAUAUGUAGAGCUAGUUCUAGUGGUAGACAAUUCUCUCUACAGAUACUUCAAUUCCGACAUCUGGACCGUCCAUCGAUACUGCACCGAUGUCGUUAAUCACGUGAACAUGUUGUUCAACCAGUUAAACAUCUUCAUCGCUCUAACCGGGGUGGUUGUGUGGGACCAGCACGAUCACAUCCAUGUAUCGGACCGUGCUGACGAUACGCUGAACAACUUUCUGCAGUACCGUCGCAAAGAGCUGCUGCUAUCACAUCCUAAUGACCACGCCCAGCUGUUGACGGCGGUCAACUUCCAGGAUCACGUCAUCGGGAAGGCCAAGCUCGGCGGAAUGUGUACCAGUAACAACUCCGGUGCGGUCAUAGUGAUCCACACGGAUAACAUCGGCAUCCAGGCGGGGACGUUGGCCCACGAAAUGGGACACAGCUUCAACAUGGAGCACGAUGUGGACGGGGAGUGUGAGUGUGGCGAUAGGAAGUGUAUCAUGUCGGCGACCGUAACCGGGCGAUCGCUGAAACACUGGAGUAGCUGUAGUGUGGAGCAGUUGACGCUGGCCUUCAACAGAGGGUUGAGCCAUUGUCUGAAGGAUAGACCGGAAGUGGUGUACUCGAUGAGCUGUGGUAACGGGUUCGUAGACGAAGGCGAAGAGUGUGACUGUGGGCUGGAAGAAGUCUGUGAUAAUCAGUGCUGUGAUGCGAAAAUUUGUCGGUUGAAGGAAGGAGCUGCUUGCGCAACCGGGGAGUGCUGUAAUUUGGAAACAUGCCAACUGAAGGAGGCAGCAAGUGUUUGUCGAAUGGCUCACGGAGAAUGCGAUCUUCCCGAGUAUUGUACGGGAAAGUCCGAACACUGUCCGAGAGACGUUCACAAGAGGAAUACGGAAAUCUGCGCUGGCGGUCAAGCGUAUUGUAGCGAUGGUGAGUGCAAGGCUCGAGACGAUCAGUGUCGCUUACUGUGGGGUCCGUCGGGAAAGGCUGCCGAUGUAAAUUGCUAUUCAAGGAACGUUAACGGCACAAAGUAUGCUAACUGUGGUUAUGAUCGGGACAGUCAUAGUUGGAGAAAGUGCGCUGAAGAAGAUGUUCAAUGCGGUCUGCUCUUCUGCCAACAGCUCAACGAAAAUCGUCUAGAAUUUGGACUCAGAGUGUUUACCGAGGAGCACAUCGCCAGUGCUCUCAAUGGACGCCGGGUCGUUCCUUGUCACGCAGCCUUCAUAGACCUAGGUAACGCUAAACAGCCAUCGCUUGUUCCAGAUGGAGCUCCUUGUGGUGAGAACAAAAUGUGCUACCAGCAACAAUGCUGGGAUAUCGAUAGCCUCAACUCCUACGGAGUAGGACAACCUUGUCCCCACAACUGUCACAAUCGUGGGGUCUGCAAUAGCCAAGGAAACUGCCACUGCCAUUCUGGCUACGCUCCUCCGUUCUGUGAAUUUUCCGGAAUUGACGGAUCCAUUGACAGCGGUCCGGCCUCCACCUCCUCUUAUUCUCUUCUUAUCAUAUCACUCACCGUAGCCUCCAUCAUCAUACUUCUCCUCUUCGUGAUCUACACAGCUCGCACUUUCUGCCGACCGGAUCGUUGCAGAACUCCCCUCCAAAUCAACUCCUUCCCUUCUUCGUCCCGCAGCAAACAUAAGCUCAUCGCUACACCUUCCAGCAACUCCGCUGUAGUGCGUGAAAUCUCCGCUCCCAAGCUGUGUUCUUCCACUCGGGACAUGGAUGGACCGCAGUACACCCCAAUCGCAAGACUGAAGCACCACCAGCACGAUGGUAAUCGAGAACCUCCGACCAAGAAUAGCACGGUUUCAGUGCGUUCGAUAGCUCAGCCAUCGGUAGGCUACGUAACGCACGUGGUAGCACCACUGCCACCUCCGGCCAGUCCUCGACGGUUACCACAGCGGCUGCCAUCGUCGGUGCACCGGAGCUCGUAUGAAAGGCGCCGGCACGGAUCCGGUGAAAGCAGUAGUAAUCGAUACUCGUGAAUCUCAUUUUGUACUCAACGGAACUUUUAAAUAUCGAUGUAUGCUCGUGUGUAGAGUCGCGUGUUUCAUAAUGUAAGCAUUUAAGGACUUAUACAGCUUUUUGAUACUAGCAUUAUUUUCUAGCUACUACUUAGUCGUGCGUGUAAGAAUCGUAACGAAACGUUCGAGGAAAUAAAGUUCUAGUCAUCCACUCGAAACGUUCUGAAGUAAA